AUGAGUCCAAAUUUUGGAUCCUUCGGCAAGCUGUCUAUCGUGUAUGCAGUGCUGGCACUGUUCCUUAUCAUCGAGCUCGGCCUCACAGCAUAUGUCGUCAGCGACACGAACCCGACUCCCUCUUCGUUCUCUUUCAUGCUCUUUACGACAGUCUGGUCCACCCUCGUCCUCAUCUACCUAGCCGUGACGCCUGUCGUGCUCCCGAGCUUCAGUAUACCAAUCGUGACGCUAGUCCUCGUCAGCCUGACGACGCUGUUCUGGUUCGCCGGCUCCAUCGCCAUGGCUGACCACAUAGGCGUGCCUGAGUGCCACGGCAACAACUUUUGCCAGUCGACGCAAGCCGCCGUGGCUUUUGGUUUCUUUAUAUGGGCCGGCUUCACAGGGCUGUCGGUCCUCGAGUUCCUAGGCUUUAGGCGUGGCGGAGGCGUGUCGGCGGAUAAGCCCUCUCGUCCGUACUCUGCUGCGUAG